GACAGUCAUAACAGCAGCUGUGUGCUGCACACAACUCUACUCUGGAUACACUGAAAAGAAGUCUAUCAUCAACUUUACCAAUCAAACUGGUAACAAACAGAAAAAGGAAAAAUGGAUGAUUUCUAUUACGACGAUGAAGACUCCAGUAUGAACGACAGUUAUGAAUACAAUUACGAGCACACCGUUUGUGAUAAGGAGGCAGUACGCUCUUUUGGUAGCGUCUUCCUCCCGAUCAUCUACGCCAUCGCUCUGGUGGUGGGCCUAGCCGGAAACACCCUGGUGGUCGUGGUCUACGCCUCAAAGGUGCGACUGAGAACCUUGACGGACAUGUGCAUCCUUAACCUGGCCAUCUCUGACCUGCUGCUGCUUUUCACUCUGCCUUUCUGGGCGGCUGAUGCUGUUCACGGUUGGAGGUUGGGUUCAGGAGCUUGUAAGGUCACGUCCUUCCUCUACAGCACCAACUUCAGCUGUGGCAUGCUGCUACUGGCAUGCAUCAGCGUGGAUCGAUACCGUGCUGUGGCCAGCAGCCCAUCAGGAAGAACGGGGACAGGACCCCGGACGAGGAAGCAGUGGCUCCUGGUGUGUGUGGUGUUGUGGGCUGUAGCCGCCGUCCUCGGCCUUCCAGAGCUCAUCUUCUCCACAGUGAAACACUCCCACCACAGGCCGGCGUGUACCGCCAUCUACCCGGCAAUCAUGGCUCGACCUGCAAAGGCCGCGCUGGAGCUGCUGGAGGUCACACUGAGGUUCCUUCUCCCAUUCAUCGUCAUGGUGGUGUGUUACAGCCUGGUGGGACGGGCGCUGAGUCAGGCAGCCGGGGUGCGUAGGGACAGAAAGUGGCGUGCCUUGCGUGUCCUGCUGGCUGUAGUGGCUGUGUUCCUGCUCACCCAGCUGCCUUACAAUGUCGUCAAGCUGUGCCGGGCAAUGGACAUCAUCUACUUUCUUGUGACCGACUGCGAGGUCAGCAAAGGUCUGGAUCGAGCUCUGCAGGUGACGGAGAGCUUGGCGUUGGCUCACGCCUGCAUUAACCCCCUCCUGUACGCCUUCAUGGGGUCCUCCUUCAGGGGACACGUGCUCAAGGCUGCCAAGCGCCUCGGACAGCGACUUGGGAAACAUCCAAGACAUGCUGCUGAGGAGCCGGCGGUGGAGAUCGCACUUAACACGCACACUCAAACGCAAUCGCAAUCUGGUUCAGAAGACCAGGACACCAGCACCUUCACGAUCUAAGACUCAAAACAUGUCUGUAUUUUACUGAAAGCACUUUUACAAACUUUAUCUAUAUGUUUAUAUAUUUUAUCAUACAAAAAGACACAAAUAUCAAAACUUUAAGUGUCUUCAACCUAUGUGUACCAUUUUUUAUAUUCAUCUGUUAAUAUUUACCAUUAAAACAGUAUUUUCUAUAGAUUUUGUAUUUUUGUUAAAGCUCCUGUGAGGAGUCUUAAAGGCUUAAAGGAAGCCUUAAAUAAAUUCUGAUGACCUUUAAGAAAAGGCCUUUGUUAGUGAAAUGUUUGAUUAAAGAAGGCAGGAUGUAUUUAAAAAUACAUAUCCCUUCAUCAACAUAAGCUGGAAAUUCCUUUCAGGAGCUUUAAAAUGUAAGAUUUUUAACAACCCAUAUAUGUUGAUUCUCAACAUGUUUUGAGUACUUCACUGUUUAAACCUUACAGUCUGCUUCUGUCACAUCAUCUGCAUCUCAUUUUAUUCCAUCCUGUGCCUGUGGGUGGGGUGACAGAUGUCUUAAUUGCACAGUGGGUGACCCAUUAAGUCAAAAAACAUCUGGCAGACAAACAGAGAAGCAAAAAGCAAAUGCCUAAAAUUUAAGUGCUAUGUAAAAGCUGUCUUAAUCAAUCUGUUUACACUUCUUCAUCUCUGACAGAAAGGGCCGGCUAAUCUGGAAAACCUCCUGAGCAGAUCUGCAACAGAGAGCUCAUCAACGUCUUCAGAGGAAAAUGGUGUCAUUGUUUACAGUUCUUUCCAUUUGGAGUACCUGUUAGUCAUCUUCUUCCCUGUCUAAUAUCUCACAGCUUGCAUGACAAAAUAAAUAUAUGGAACCAUAGAGACAAAAGUUUAGUCUACAGUUUCAACAGUCUUGAUUUUUCCACUCAACAAUUCUCACUUGGCUAUAAUAUAUAAAUACAUUAAUAAUGAAACCAAACUUAAAAAUGAGCAUUGUACUCCUGAAAUGUUUAACACAUGUACCUUUUGUGCACUUGUGUGAGAGUGUAUGCAAAUAAAAAGGCCUAUGGCUCAGAAGUAACAAGUCUGGGAGUAAUUUAGUAUGUUAUCAUGCCCAUGGGUCAGUCUAAUAUGGCUCCCACACCACAGAGCUGCCGGUGCAAAAUGAAAGGAUCUUUUCCACUUUAGCUAUUCAACUCUCAAAAUGGAGAGAAAAAAAGGACGCAGCAUUAUUCUGUUGUACAUGUGGAUGGUGGUGUUUUUAAUUUAAAUACAAAGGUCCAGUCAUACAGGUUUACUCUGGAUCUAUUAUUUGCAGGUCUGUGUUCAAAUAAAAUGAACUUUUUUUGUUUUAUUGUAUACAUCUCCCCAAACUCCCAAAUAGUUUUUCUCAUUUAGGCCUCACAUUCAUUUUAAACAGCAUAAUACCAAUGCUUUAACUUGAAGUGUGGAGAUCAGCAUUUGGUGGAAGGAUCUUUACUGUUGUCUCAUAUGAAACAACUCCUGUCUCCUUUUUGCAAAUCCCAAACAAUCUGCAAUUGUAUAGCAUCAAUCCAUUCCAUUGUUUUCUCGGGUCACUUUAAAAAGAGAGCAGGUCUAGAUGGUACUCUUUAUUAUAUAUUAUCUAUAAAGACCUGAGAUUUAAUCUACCAGUUGCUCAACAGAGAGCAAAAUUACAAAGUUACAGUGGCAAGGAAAACUGUCCUUUAAGCAGGCAGAAACCUCAGCAAGAAUGUGAGACAUUUUGAACAGUCUGCUGAGGCUGUGACAGGUUGUUAAUGGAUAGAGGGGGAAGCAGACAGAGAGGAGAGGGAGGUGCAUGCACUGAAAACCAUGUAUUCUACAGAUACAGCUUUAUUGAGAUUCUAGGUUGGUGAUCACUCGGAAACCUGAGCUAUUUGACUUUUUGUGCCAUGAUUGGCUCACAAUAAACGCAAUUUAGGACCAGUGGAGAGCAUGCUUGGACAGGCCCACCAAACACUUGGCACUUGAAAGACCCAGUGAAUGGUUCCCUGGCUGGUAUGAAUUAAUCUUAUCAAUGAAUGUGCAUCAGUUCAGAAAAGCAGCAAUGAAACUCACAUUCUUGUACCAAUUUACCUUUCUCUCUAGUGGGGCUGAACGAUAUGGUUUAAAAUUUGAAUCUCUGAUUUUUUUCACACCAAACUCAAUUUACAAUUUAAUCAUUUUUUUGUUUCCAAGGAAAAAUAAACUACUCAAACAGGUUUACUUUUAUUUUAUUAAUAAAAUGUAACAAAAGUAAACUAAAUCUUCCUCUACAGGUUAAAGUGAGAGCAGUAAACUUGUUUAAAAAUUGCACUACUGUGGGUUAUUUACAAGAACACUCAGGCUCUGAAAGGUUUUAUCUCCUUGAGAAAAAGACUGAAAGUGAUGCUGAUGUCUUUCCAUAAUCUAUGCAGGUAAACGAGAAGACUUUUAAGUGUCAGAUGAAAAUUUCCCCAAGCAGACCAAAGAUACACUUAAGAGAAGGAUUCAGGCUGGAUGAUAAGACUGAUGAUAUAUUUUUGAUUUUAAGAACAGUGGUUACACAUGAGCAGCAUGUAAGUAAAAGAUGCAACAUUUUGUUGACCAAGUUGCCAUAACCAAAAUAAAACUGAACUUUCAGACCGUAGCUUUUAAUUCUGGUAUUACCGCAGCGAAGUGUUAGAGAAAAUCUCAAAUUUCAAUUUUCCAGAUUUCCAAAUCAAUUAAAUCAAUUUAUUGCCCAGCCCUUCUAACCACUCUGAUUAGAUUUUGGAGCUGACAAAAAAAAAAGUUUGUUACCGAGUUACUGUUGUGGUCAAAUGCUCCUUCCUUUCCUUCAUAUUUUUUGGUGCCAUGACUUUUUAAAGUCCUGGCACAAUACAAAAUUACAGACCCAACAGUGUGUGUGCCAGCAUACUAUGUUAACAUGCUCUUACCAUUUUAAGGAGAGGGAUCUGAUCUUUUGAAACAGGCUGCAUUUUUACUGAAGCUACAACAAACUGUAUUUGCAUUGUUUCUGUCCUAAUAACAAAAAGUAUUUAAGCUGAAAAAUAUCAUUUGGUUGUCAUUGCUUAAAAGUAGGAUGGACCAUGUUUUUGCCAACAACCAUGGGACCCUCCAUAGAGUUUGGUCCCAGUAAGCUUUCCCCUUUAUCCCCCUUAUGGGUGGCCUUGUGAAAGGAUGCAUGAAAGCUGUAAUCUAACACCAGGCUUAUUCAGACUGGACUCUUUUGAGUUUAACAACUAGUACUUUGUUGUCCAAAACUGAGUAUUUCCUUAUUUUAAUUGCAUUAUUUCUGUUCUGAAAAGUACUGCAUCCAUUUGUUUUAUCAACCAGGUAUCAUUUUCUGUAGACUGUAUGACCUAAAUGAGAACAAUGAAUUUGGAA